AAGCCGAUCUUUACAUUUUCUUGCAAGUUCUGUUGCUCAGAAAUUUGCAGGUUUUUUGUGAAUUUUUUUGGCUGAAGAAGACGAAGAGCAUGGGAAAGCCGAAGAAACCAUCAAGACCAGCAACAUCAACUACAAAUAACACUGCAGAUGAGGAAUUACACGGAGCAGCUCGAUCGGGGGACCUGGAGGCUGUUCAGGGAAUAUGCAGCACCAAUCCUCUUGCCAUCAAUUCCAGAGACAAGCACUCCCGCACCCCUCAGUGAUGCUCAUCCAGAGAUAUCAAGAGGAAUACCAUUCGAGCCUUUUUUUUUGGGAUUAAUAUAUACGAGAAACAGGGAACAAACACUGCCUUUCAGCUAUUUACAUCAUUUCUCAGCACUACAUGUGGAUACUGUGACUUUUCUGUCUGUGUAUUCCUUGAGGAACAUUGAGUUUAGACUUCAUCUAGCGGCUUGGUCUGGGCAAACAAAGAUAGUGGAAUAUCUCUGCAAAAAGGCUGAUGUUGGAGCUGCUGCAAUGGAUGAUAUGGGUGCCGUUCAUUUUGCUGCUCAGAAGGGUCACACUGAAGUUGUGAGGAUUCUCGUUAACUCCGGAGUCCCCAUCAAGUCAUACAAUCGCAAAGGAAUGACUGCCCUGCAUUAUGCUGUCCAAGGUUCACAUUUGGAACUUGUCAAGUACUUGAUUAAAAAAGGUGCAAAUAUUGAUGCAAAGAACAAAGCUGGGAAAACUCCAGUUGAUUUGGCUGGCAGUGAAGAAAUUCGCGCAUUCUUGGUUCAGUGUCAAACCACAUCCAGCAAGGAGGUCUUGAAUGGUAAAGGAAAAUUUUCAGAAGGUCGACCAAAUUCUUCUUUACAGGAGAAUGCAGGGACUGCUGAAAUAGAAGUUCCUGACACAGGUGAAGAACCUGAUGAUGAGAGAGAUGAAUCCUUCAAGAGGAAGAGCGAUGAAGAUGCUGCCAAGGAUAUCUUGCCACAGACCAAAAAGCCAAAAGUUGCUCUUAAUCAUCUGCUAGCUGCUGAUGACACCCAAGAAGAUGACGAAUAACUCAGUUUAGCUGCAUCGUUGAUUGGUGUAACCUAUGAGGAAAAUUGCUGGCUAGUUCACUGGUUUUCUAACACAAGAAUCUGAUGUAUUAUGUUAGCUGUGCUGCUUCAUUUCAUUUUGUAAAAUUUGAAUCAGUAGUUUAAAAUUGAUGACAUUUAGCAUUCGGAAACUCUGCUAGUUUUUCAAAGGAUGUAAGCCUAUUAGCGCGUAACCAGAUUAGCAACAUUCUAACCUUUGUUUAUCCAUUCUAAGUAGAACCUUCAAGGGAGGAAUUAGGGCCAUGCAGUUUCUUCGUCAGUGGGGCUCAGCCUCUUUUAUCUAUAUCUUUUAAUUCCAGUUCCUUUGCUGCA